UUCGGAUGGACUUCCGUGUAUAAGCAGGUUCUCCCCACUAGAGGGAGCUGUUGCUCAUCUGAUGCUUUGUCACCACUGGUAUGGUUAUCUUUUUUGGUAUGUUUGUUUGACUGUCCCCUGUUUAGUUUGGGGAUUCUCCUUGUCCACCAAUUCCUACUUGAGAGAUUUUCCAUGUGUACCUUAUGUCCUCUACCACCGAGUGUUUUAGUCACUCCGUCUACCCACGCAUCUCUGUCCUUGUUGCUCGCCCUGACUGGGGACUGCCUGUCUCUUAUGUGUUUUUUGUCUUUCUCCUUGCUGUCAUGCUUGUUGUCCUUUCUUAUGGCGGAUCUUAGGGUACUGUCCUGGAACGUUAGAGGAGCCCGCACCCCCUGUAAACGUGCCCUGAUAUUUUCCCACAUAAGGAGAUACCGCCCUCAUAUAGUAGCAUUGCAGGACACUCGUCUAACUCCAGACAGGGCUGGUCAGUUUUCAAAACCCUGGGUCCAAUGGUCCCAGCACUUCUUCCACACGUCAUUCUCCAGGGGGGUUUGCCUUCUAGUUAGCAGGAGGGUGCGAUGGGAUCCUGUCACGGUCCGCAGGGACUCACAGGGUCGCCUUAUUUUUGUUUAUGCUUAUUUGAAUAAUAUGCCAUAUGUCCUAUUGUUUCUCUAUAACCCUCCUCCUGCUACUAUGGAGAACUUACAUGGGGCUGUUACUUUUGCUGCUAGUUACCCUGCUGCUCGUGUUUUAUGUAUGGGGGACUUUAAUAUGGUGCCGAACCAGGCUUUGGACUGACCUAGUCCUAGGGGGGUCCCCGGGGGCACUGGGGGUACUCCUCUCUCACAGUUCUUGGAUGAAGUCUUUUGGGUUGACAUAUUUAGGAACAGGUGUCCUCAAGCUAGGCAAUACUCGUGUCAUACUCUGGGUCGAAAUGCGCUGUCCAGGAUCGACCUUGCAUGUGGUAACUUGCUUCUUUUCUCCCAGGUCGUAUUGGAGGCCCGAUACGUUGCGGGCCCAUCAGAGGCCCAUAAGGUGGCUUGGCUACGUGCGGGGCGACACUAUAUGCUGCACCUCCAUGAGAAGGCCAAUAGGAAACUAUUCUUUACUAAACAAUUUUAUUUUGAGCACGGGAAUCAAUCAAGUGCAGUAUGAUAAUGCGGAAUUGGCCACCUACCUGGACGGCAUUGACUUUCCCGUGUUGUUCCUCUCCUUAUUGGAAAUUCAAGAGGCCGUGGCGGAUAUGACCAAAGAUGGAGUCAUUGAUAGAAAUCCACCCGAGAGGUGUCCCCGUCCUCUGUAUUCCCAGGACUGUCCAGAGGGAAAUGUCCCAGAGAAGCAUCAGGAUGAAGAUAAGAUUAAUUUUAAGGUUGAGGUUAAAACUGAACCAGAAGAGGAGACGGAUUUCGGGGCCGAUCAGCAGUAUGGAGUCAUUGAUAGAAAUCCACCCGAGAGGUGUCCCCGCCCUCUGUAUUCCCAGGACUGCCCAGAGGGAAAUGUCCCAGAGAACCAUCAGGUUAAAGAUCUGAUGGAUAUUAAGGUUGAGGUUAAAGAUGAACCGGAAGAGGAGGAAAUUCCAGGAGGUGUUACCCCAGAAAACUUCAUGUUAUUCCUGAAUGAUAAAGGAGAAUAUGAAGAUAUGAUGGGGCGCUCCUCAGGAGAAGACCUCCUUACCCCUAAUGUCUAUCCAUAUCGAUCAUAUAUUAAUCCCUCUGAUCAUGACCACCCAUACAUUGGUACUAAUCAGAAAGAGAGGAAAAGGAUUCAAUGUAAUGAAUGUGGAGAACAAUUUACAAAAAAGUCAGAACUUGUUAAACACAGAAAAAGUCAUAUAGAAAAGAAGCUGUAUGUGUGUUCAGAAUGUGGGAAAUCCUGUACAUGUCAAUCUGCUCUUAUUGUACAUGAGAGAAUUCAUACAGGGGAGAAGCCAUAUUCAUGUUCAGAAUGUGGAAAAUGUUUCAAAAGUAAGCCAGAGCUUAAUUCACAUGACAGAAUUCACACGGGAGAGAAGCCAUAUUCAUGUUCAGAAUGUGGAAAAUGUUUUGCACGUAAGUCAGAGCUUGUUAAACAUGAGAGAAUACACACAUGUUCAGAAUGUGGGAAAUCCUGUAAAUGUCAAUCAGCUAAGGAACACAAGAAAGUUUUAUAUUGUGGGGAAUGUGGAAAAGAAUUUACAAGAAGAGCAGAUCUUGUUAGACACAGAAAAAGUCAUAAAGAAAAGAAGCUGUAUGUGUGUUCAGAAUGUGGGAAAUCCUGUAAAUCUCCAUCAGCUCUUAUUAUACAUGAGAGAAUCCAUACAGGGGAGAAGCCAUAUUCAUGUUCACAAUGUGAAAAAUGUUUUAAAAGUAAACCACAGCUUGUUAAACAUGAGAGAAUUCACACAGGGGAGAUGCCAUAUUCAUGUUCAGAAUGUGGAAAUUGUUUUAAAGGUAAACCAGAGCUUGUGAAACAUAAGAAAAUACACAUGGGACAGAAGCCAUAUUCAUGUUCAGAAUGUGGAAAAAGUUUUGAAAGUAAAUCAGAACUUGUUAAACAUAAGAGAUUACACACAGGACAGAAGCCAUAUUCAUGUUCAGAAUGUGGAAAAUGUUUUAGAACUAAAGCAUAUCUUGUUUUACAUAAGAGAAUUCACAUGGGAGAAAAGCCAUAUUCAUGUUCAGAAUGUGGGAGAUGUUUUACACAAAAAUCAGUUCUAGUAUUGCAUGAGAGAAGGCACAUGGGAAAGAGGCCUUAUUCAUGUUCAGAAUGUGGGAAAUGUUUUAUAAGUAAAUCAGAUCUUAGAAGACAUGAGAGAAUUCAUGCAGGAGAGAAGCCAUAUUCAUGUACAGAAUGUGGAAAAUGUUUUAGACAAAAAUCAGUUCUAGUAUUGCAUGAGAGAAGGCACACAGGAAAGAAGCCUUAUUCAUGUUCAGAAUGUGGUAAAUGUUUUAAAAGUAAAACAGAGCUUGUUAUACAUAAGAGAAUUCACUCAGAAGAGAAGCCGUAUUCAUGUACAGAAUGUGGGAAAGGUUUUAAACAAAAAUCAGUUCUAAUAUUGCAUGAGAGAAGUCACACAGGCGAGAAGCCAUAUUCAUGUUCUGAAUGUGGGAAAGGUUUUACAUGUAAAUCAAAUCUUGUUAAGCAUAAGAGAAGUCACACCGGAGAGAAGCCGUAUUCUUGUUCAGACUGCGGUAAAUGUUUUAAAAGUAACUCAGAUGUUGUUGUACAUAAAAGAAUUCACACAGGAGAGAUGCCGUUUUCAUGUUCAGAAUGUGGUAAAUGUUUUAGAAGUAAACCAAGUCUUGUUAAGCAUGAGAGAAUUCACACAGGAGAGAAGCUGUGUUAUUGUUCACAUUGUGGUAAACGUUUUAUAAGUAAAUCAGAUCUUGUUAUACACGAGAGAAGUCACACAGGAGAUAAGCCAUUUAUGUGUUCAGAAUGUGGGAAAUGUUUUACAACGAGAAGAUAUCUUAUUGCACAUGAGAUAAUUCACACAAGGGAGAAGUCCUAUCAAUGUUGAGAAUGUGAGAAAACACAAUUUUCUAGACACGAGAAAAGUCUCACUGGAGACUGAUAGAUGAAAUAAUGCUAAAAAUCUAAUAAUAUAGAGAGUGUAAAUAUGAGAUCUUAGGUAACAGUAAAAUAUGAUGUUUCUACGUUCUGUUGUGAGAAUUAACCCUUGAAUAAACCUAAGCAGAAGCUAAAGCCAACAUCAUCUCUUGGUCAUCAGCACCUGGGGUCAUGUGACCUUUGUAGGUAAAUAACGGUAAUGAGAAGUAAUAUGUAAUGCUAUUGUGUAUCAUUUAGUAGUGACUUGUAGCUCUACACUACAGUAUGAUUGGAUGAUUUCUAUGGAUGAUAAUGAUUGGUGAUUACUAUGUAUUACCUCGGCCUCAUUUCCAUUAGAAAUAUUACUGAUUGUAUCUCAUGUGUCACUUCUGUCACCAAUAAAUGAAAUCCUGUGUGUGAACCGGUCCCUAUAACAAGACGUUGUCCCUGUGAGUCCUUGUGGAGAUGGAGAAGGGAAAUUCUUGGUGUUUCUCCAGACAGGGGUGCAGAGUGCUGCUGGGGAUACAGGACUUUAGGGUGCCCUGGCGGGGGGGGGGGGGUUAUUGCUGUUAUAUAAGAGCGGGCUCUGUCCCCAUUAUACAGGCUCCUGUAUUUAUUUUUCAUUUUCCAAUAAAAGAGAAAACCUCAUAUAACAAGACUCCAGGCGGCCACAACAUACACGCAGGUACAGCAUGCCGCAGGAAAACUGCCAGCGGGACACAAAACAGCAGUAUGCAAGGGAAGUAAUGCCAGCUCACCCAAACGUCCAGCCGAUGAAAGGAAAGGUGCGGAUUUCACCAGCCAUAGAAGAAGACUUCCAGCACGGAAUGUUCUCAGGAACGUCAGACUUUAUUAAUUAUUCCAGUAAACACAAGACAUCGGGCACAGUGACGCGUUUCGGUCUGAUCACCGGACCUUACUCAUAUAAAGACAGGUCAGAUUCAGAACCUUAUAUGUCGGGAGGGGAGGCUGAUGUCACCCCACACCUGCAGCGUUCCGGUAGCCUAAACCUUUUACAUCCCAGAUCAAAGGAUACACAAAUACAAUUUUGUUAAAGGGGUACUCCGGCGAUAAGAUGCCUGAUCGUGGGGGGUCCCGCCGCUGGGCCCCCGUGAUCUUGCACGCAGAACCCCGUUGCAAUCAGUCCCCGGAGCAUGUUCGCUCCGGGUCUGAUUACUGGCGAUCACGGGGCUGGAGCAUUGUGACAUCACAGCUCCGCCCCUGCGUGAUGUCAUGCUCCACCUCCUCAAUGCAAGCCUAUGGGAGGGGGCGUGACUGCUGUCGGCUGAGAACUGCCGAUCAUGGGGUCGGAGCAUUGUGACGUCACAGCCCCGCCCCCGUGUGACGUCAUGCUCUUCUGUUAUGGAUAUUGAAAUUAUGUUUUUUUUUUUUACAUCCAUUAUAUCCCAUGUAGUAUAAAUUUCCCUGCCCCCUCGGUCUAAAGUUUAGUUCACCUACAGCCACAGUAGGCAGGGCUAAAGAACCUGCUUUUCCAGGUUAUGUGAGGAGAGCAGGCGGACACUAGGCCAAAGGGGUGGGGCAUUGGGGGAUUUCACAGGAGAACAUAUGGCCCUCUGUCUCUUUUCCUUUGGAUCUUCCUUGAAGAGGGGAGCUCUCCUGCUCCUUAGACUGGGAUAGAUAAGUAUAUUGAUUGUAUCAUUUCUACACUAAAUAUUUAUAUAUCACUGGUAGAUUCCUGCUAGUUUGCUAAACAUAGAGUAUGUACUAUUGUAUUAAUGCUUGUAUGUUUGUCUUAUUUGGUUUAGCUAAUUAAUGUUUUUAUUAAAUGUUAUCA